GUGACUCAGUGAAGAGUGAAUGUUGUCAGCAGUGUUGCUGAGUAUAUGAUUGCAGAGAAUAAGAUCACUAGGUUAGGGUUAAUGGGACAAUGCCCGAGGGAGGGCACUGUCUGUUAGUUUACAGCUGGGCUACUUUGUAGCCUAUCAGAGUGUUUUCUCUGAGGGGCUGGAUCAGUUCUGCUGUCCUAUUGGUGCAAACAUGAACGCCUUCGCCAAUGAUAGGCGCAAGUUUCGAUAACAACACAGGAGAAGCAACUCGAAGCAGAGUAAUCAUGAAGACUAAACAAGGACAACACACCGAGCCCAGCUUCUUCUCAGGAAUUCAGCUCUUCUAUGAAAAACCUUAUAUGUGCAGAUGCCAGCAUUUUACCACUUCCAGUUCAGACCGACUUUGGCAUUCUCUCCUUAUAGUGCCUAGUCACUAAUUCAGAUGAUGGGCAUGAUAACCAGGCAACUUGCAUUUUCAGAAAGGAGCCAGAUAUGGCAUAUUUCGCCAAACACAGUCUGUUUACCCUCAAGCCGCCCAUGCCCCAUGGAUACGUGAAGGAGACUUGGCUGUGGGAAAUGAAUGGGCAGACUUCAUUGGCAGAACUGUCCGAGUGCCAUCGAGAAGUUUACUUCCACACUGACCCCGUUCUGGAGAGCAGUGGCACCGCCGGAGUACGGGGGGACACAGGCUUCCUACAAGGUGAACAUUACUGGGAGGUAGAGUUCCUGGAACCACCCUCUGGACUGUCUGUUAUGGUUGGUGUUGGGACUGGCAGAGCUGCACUGCAUGCUGGGAGUUACCAGUAUGUUAACUUAUUGGGAAUGGACUCAGAGAGUUGGGGCUUGUCCUAUAAGGGCACAGUGUGGCACAAUGGCAUCAGCAAACAGUACACAGAACCGUUCUACGAAGAAGGCACUGUGAUUGGUGUACACCUAAACAUGGAGGAAGGGACGCUGACUUUUUACAGGGACAGACAGAGUCUAGGCGUGGCCUUCACAGGGUUAUACAAGGUCCAGCACCCCUUGUAUCCAAUGGUCUCUUCUACCAGCCCAGGAACCGAACUAGCACUAGGAUUGCGCUGCUGCAGUCUGCCCACUCUGGAGGAGCGAUGUCUCAGCACCCUGGCUCGGAAUUUGACACAAACAGACUCGGUCGAUCAGCUCCCUCUUCCUGCCAUUGUUAGAUGGAAGCUAAAAAGUUGGAACAGUUAAGAUGUCUUUAAGGCCUGAACUGUACCCAAAGAACUGCUGCUGUGUGAUGUGCCAGAGGUCAUGACAGAAUGCCCACGUUGUAAGCCAGGACAAGAUCUUUGUUUAAAACCGCGUUGAAAAUUCUUGAAAACCGCGUUGAAAAUGCAAAGAACAUUUCAAGAAAACAAUGGAGAAAAAGUAAAACACACUGGGGGGGGGGGCCUAUACUUGGCCUGUUAAAAGCAAACAACUGUUUCCGCCAUUACCCUGUUAGAGAUGAAUAAUAAGCACGCCUAGUCGCUGGAGGUGAUGGUUAUCCUGCACACCUGCUAAUUAGUUCCUCUUUAGUGGAAAAGAGGAAGAAAGACGUGGCUUCACGUGCACCACUAACACCUGCAGACUGAAUCAAGAGAGGAAUCAGGUCCCAGCAAAGCGACACUUUUAGGGUGGCCAUAAAUGCAUAAAUUGUCAUGGCCUUCAGAACAUCCUGAAUUGGAAUUAAAGUCCAACACCAGCUAUC